ACGAGUUAACACCUCGACGUAACAACUCGGAUAACUGCCGAAGCAAAGUGAAAACGAGUGAACGAGAAAAUAUAAGCGAAAAACGAGCGCGUAACCGACGGCGCGCAAAAAGGCAGUUAUUUGAUUUUUUCAUUGUUGCUGCUAAAGUGCGAAAUGCGCGCAGGAACCGGAAGUUGCGGUAGGCUAUAGCGAUUUCGAAAAUAUUCUUUUUUGGUGGCGAAUUUGUGCAGGAUAUUCAAGGCGCGUGACCGUCGGUAUAUUUUAACGGAGCAAAACAAUUUCUUUUUUCUACGUGUUUUGAUAAAAUAUUCAAAAAAAAAGAAACUCUUUAAAUAUGUCGCUAUCUAUUGCUUGAGAGCGCGCGCAAAUUUGUGUGUGUAUUCCGCCGUCGCCAGUUCACCUGCCUCCAUCAAAUGUGCUCCUCAAAUGUAGCUAACACUGUGCAAGAAAGUAGUUUGUUGAAUAGUGCUCGAGUGGGCAUGGAAUCGCAGCCACAACUUUCACAGCAGAAACAACAUUCGCAUCAACAACAAUCGCAAAACAUAUCUGUGAUGCCAGUAAUGGCGGCCGGCUCUUUGCCACCAACCAGCGGCGGUGUUACAACGCUUCCGCUUCCUCCAAUGCAGUCACAUGUUCCUACUAUACCCGGUUUGGCGGCUCAUGGUAUCGGUCAACCGCCGGCGAUACCACCGCCACCGCUACCACAUGCAGCGCCCGCUGUGCCGCUUUCACCAACAGUUGGCCUCCCUACAGCUCCGCCCGCGGCCAUGCUCGCCGGGCAUCUCAAACGCUUCGGGCUUAAGUGGCAUCUUCGCAAACGCUCAUCCUGCUCCUCAUUCGACGCUCAAUGCUCUCAUGUCUCAGCACCGCUUUUGGAACUCUCUCGGUUCGGUUUGCGGGGCUAUGAUUUGGCUCAACAUAUGCUGACGCAACAGGGUGCGGUCUCCAAGCUACUAGGUACAUUGAGGCCACCUGGCCUAAUCGGCGGAUCAAAGCCGAAAGUAGCUACACCCGCUGUCGUUUCAAAAAUCGAGCAAUACAAACACGAUAAUCCGACAAUAUUUGCGUGGGAAAUACGCGAAAGGCUGAUAUCGGAAGGUGUUUGCACAAACGCAACAGCGCCUUCGGUAUCCUCCAUCAAUCGAAUAUUGCGCAAUCGUGCAGCCGAACGUGCAGCAGCCGAAUUUGCGCGCGCUACCAGCUAUGUUUAUAUGCAUCCUACACAUCCCGGUUUCCCCACAUGGCCAGCGGCGUUGCCACCACCACCACCACAUCAUCUCUGGGGAGCGCCAGGUGCGCCCACAAAUGCUGGCAGUAUGCCGCAUAGCCUAACACCGCACGGAAGUUUAACACCAACGAGCUCAGGUAUUUCGUUACCAGCAAUAUCACCGAGUUCGGGAAGUCAUGAGACUUUGGGUUCGCCAGAUGCGAGUCGAAUGAUAGACAUUGAGGGUGAGGACACCGACUCAGAUGAUAGCGAUCAGCCGAAAUUUCGCAGAAAUCGCACUACUUUCAGCUCCGAACAAUUGGAUGAAUUGGAAAAGGAGUUCGAAAAAUCACAUUAUCCAUGCGUGAGCACAAGGGAAAAAUUAGCAGCGCGCACUACGCUGAGUGAGGCGAGAGUACAGGUUUGGUUUUCCAACAGACGAGCGAAAUGGCGUCGGCAUCAACGGGUGACUCAGCUGAAGCAGCGAAGUUCCAGUUCACCGCAGGCCACCAGUGCGACGAUGCAGCAACGAUCACUCUCACCAGCGGACAAAUACGAUGCUGCGACGACGGCGGCGAUGGCAAGAUAUUGCUACAACGACAACAACGGCAAAUCAAAUAUACCGAGCGCUUAUUACCCAACACUGAGCGCGCUUCCGAUGGGCCUCGCCAAUCACCAGCAUUCACCACAAACUCUGGAUUACACACACAAAGCAGCGAACGCUAUCAUCCCUACAGCAAGCCAACAAGGCCGAGUAGGCGAUCAAGCAACGGCACAGACACCCGGCGCAACAACACAGUGUCCACCACUACCGCUGUACGCCCACAACUCGGCGUUGCUGAACAUGAAUACUUAUCUAACGACGGAAGCAAAAGCUCCAUUACCUCUGCUUCCUCACCACACCGGCACCAACAACACACCGGUGGCAUUUCCAUCGCACACAGCAUCAGUUCCAUUAUUAAUGGGCGGUGAGCAUAGCGCUUUUCGCUCAAUGGUGGUGAAUCCAACGCUGUCAGAGGCAAUGCUUGCGCUCAACUUCACCCGACAAUAUGUCAACGCAACGCAGCAAUCGAAGUUACUGGUUGCCAGCAGUGGCAAUGGGGGAGGAGGCGAUUCGCCAACAUCGCGUUCAACAACACCAUCGGCGGCGACGACGCACUCGACGCACUCGCGGCAGUCAGAGGGGGAGGACAUCAAUGUUGUGCUGGAUGUGGAAACGAAAGGGGAGCGGCAAUAUAGAGACGUUGCGACAAAGGAUGCAGAGGGAAUGUAGAAAUUAGGCGAGUUAAGGUGAGCGCAAGCGCGAAGCCACAAACGGCGCAGGAUGCACAAGGCUGACUAAUGCAAUUCUACCCAAAUAAAGAGAAGUAAUGCGGAAUGUAUUUUAUGGAUUGUAAUUCUGGAUUUUAUGCGUAAUUAUUUAGUAACUAAUUUUAUGUAGACACUAUUUGUUUAAAUUUAAAAAUUUAAUUAUUAGCAAACUGUAAUCAAUGCACUAUCGAUAUAUAAUGUACGAUUAUUAUACAUAUGUUUAAUAUUCAGUGUUGAUUUCCUUAUUUAAACAAUAAUUAACUUAGUGCAAUUAACGGUAAUUUGAAAUCGAACCAACUAAACUCCGCAAUAUAGUUUAAAAA